GUGCAGUUUUCGAGUUUUGAGGAGAAUUGGUGCUAAUGUGGUGCCUUGUAGGGUGUAGAUUUUGACAAAAGUUGUGAUUUUGAUGAAUAUUGGAGAUUUGAGGUGGAACAUUAGGGUAUAGUGGUAGGGGUUGUUGAAUCUUGAUAUGGGGAGAUCUUGGUUUAGCAAGAUGUCGCUGAUUUUCGGGCCAAGACAGCCACGGAGCUUGUUGCUACUUUGUGCUGUUUGUGUACUUGUGUUGAUUGGAUUGCUGGGACCGUCUUCUUCUAGUGAUUCUGAACCGGGGAUUACUAAUGCUAGAUUAGAUGUUUACUCUAAUUAUAGAAGGUUGAAGGAACAAACAGCUAAUGAUUAUUUGGAAUUGAGGACUUUGUCGUCGGGAGCUAAGCAAUUGAAGGAGUUUAGUCUUUGUGGUAAAGAAAGAGAGGAUUUUGUACCGUGUUAUAAUGUGACGGGAAAUUUGUUACUAGGAUUUAAAGACGGGGAGGAGUUUGAUCGACAUUGUGAAGCAUCUGGAGAAAGGCAACACUGUUUAGUUCGACCUCCUAACAAUUAUAAGACACCCCUGAGCUGGCCAGCUGGUAGAGACAUUAUAUGGAAUGCGAAUGUGAAGAUAACUAAAGAUCAGUUUUUGUCUUCUGGAAGCAUGACGAAAAGGUUAAUGCUAUUAGAGGAAAACCAGAUUGCUUUCCAUUCAGAUGAUGGUUUGAUUGUUGAUGGUGUCAAAGAUUACUCCCACCAAAUUGCAGAGAUGAUAGGAUUGACAAGUGAUUUGGAAUUCCGUCAUGCUGGUGUGCACACAGUUUUAGAUAUUGGCUGUGGGUUUGGAAGCUUUGGCGCCCACUUGCUUUCCUUAAAUGUAAUGGCAGUCUGUAUGGCAGCAUACGAGUUAACUGGUAGCCAAGUCCAGUUAUCCCUUGAAAGAGGUCUUCCUGCAAUUAUUGGCAACUUUAUUUCAAGACAGCUUCCAUUUCCAUCACUGUCAUACGACAUGGUUCACUGCGCUCAAUGUGGUAUAUCUUGGGAUAGCAAAGAUGGCAUGUUUCUUAUCGAAGUGGACCGGCUACUAAAGCCUGGAGGCUACUUUGUUUUAAACUCGCCAGCAGGCAGGGCGAAAACAAGUUCUGUUACGCGAAUCACAUUGUUGACUGAGAAAAUUUGUUGGAGCCUUUUAGCUCAAGAAGAAGAUACUUUUGUCUGGCAAAAAACAGCAGAUUCUCAAUGUUAUACAAGCAAAUUGGAUACUGUACCCCCUUGUCAGGACACACAUGAUGUUCCAUCAUUUUAUCCGCCACUCGCACCUUGUAUAAGUGGUACUGCUAGUAAUCGUUGGAUUCCGAUUCAGAACAGGUCAUCUAGCUACCCAUUAAAGCCUGCCAAGCUAGAAAUUUAUGAAGUUCAUCCUGAAGAAUUUGAUGAAGACUUAGAGUACUGGAGAUCAGCACUGAAAAAUUAUUGGUCAUUGUUAACCCCAUUAAUAUUCUCAGAUCAUCCAAAGAGGCCAGGUGAAGAAGAUCCACUACCUCCGUAUAAUAUGAUUAGGAAUGUACUAGACAUGAAUGCUCAUUAUGGGGGUUUGAAUGCUGCAUUUCUGGAAGCUCGAAUAUCAGUAUGGGUGAUGAAUGUUGUUCCCAUUAGAACGCAAAAUACACUUCCCUUAAUACUCAAUCAAGGUUUUGCUGGUGUUUAUCAUGACUGGUGCCAAUCAUUUCCUACCUAUCCACGGACCUAUGACAUGCUUCACGCGAAUGGACUCCUCUCACACAUUGAUUCAGUAGGAUGCAGUUUAACGGACCUACUUCUAGAAAUGGAUCGAAUUUUGCGCCCUGAAGGCUGGGUAGUUCUUUCAGAUACGUUGGGGCCUAUAGAGAAAGCCCGCAUGCUCGCUACACAAAUUCGGUGGGAAGCAAGGGUGAUUGAUCUCCAGAACGGCAGUGACCAACGUUUACUUGUUUGCCAAAAGCCAUUUUUGAGAAAAUGAUUGGAAGGGCUUGGCUUGGCCCUCCUUGAUUUUCAUUUCAUAAUUAUUCAGCAACAUUUGUGAAUCUGCUGGUACAGUAUCUGGAUUGGUUAUGGAUUUAUGGCUGCUGUAAACUAUGAAAGACUCGAACUUCAUUGAAUAAUAGCAAUUCUGCAAAAUCGAAUCCUCGGUACUGGUUGAAGUGGCUAUAAUGAUGAUACCAUGAUGUAUAGUGUUACAUAAAAGGAUUCAAGUAGGCAUGACAAGUUCCCCGAGUUUUUACUACGCUGCAAUUUAGGGGAAUCAAAGUUUUUAUUUAUAAUGAUUUUGAGAGAGACUGUAUUGGAAGCCAAUUUUGCUUCAGAUGUAGCUGCAGUUCAUUUUAUUUUAAUUUUUCCUGUCACAGUUUGUAGCAGUCAGCUAAUCCAGUUAUUCUGAUUAAUUUUUCAAUUGAUUUUCUAAUGAGAAAUUUGUUCCUGA